AGUCUAUGAGAAUUAAAAAUAGAACAGCGUCGCGUCUUCUGCAAAGUGGGCAAGCAUCAACACGCUUUUCGACUGAGAAACUGAAAUCAACCAUCAAUCGGCAUCAUUCUGUACUCAUUACAUUUCUUGCAUCAUGUCAGGCAAGCAGCGUUUGAUUACUGAUGUCUUUGCUCAGCACAAGAAGGAACUUUCUCGUGUAGGAAAGACGAAAGUUGCCACAACUACAGUCGACGAAAGUGUCCACGAUGUUGACAGUGAAACAGCACAGCAGUUGUUGAGAGACAAGGAGAUUGAUGUGCUGAAGCAGUUUGAUCUCUGCUGGGAAUAUGGACCAUGCACAGGAAUUUCCAGACUGGAACGUUGGGAGAGAGCAGAGAAGCAUGGCAUGAACCCACCAGAUCAAGUCAGGAGACUCAUCAUGAAACAUGAAGAUGAAACGAAUUACACACAAAGCUUGUGGCACGAUUACCCAUUGUAAGACUCAACAUCCAAGACAAAUGAUGUGAGUGGUACAUGUAUGUUAUAUCACAGAACACGCAUCCUGUCAUCAAGCUGCGGUCAUCACAACUUUCACCUAGAUCUGAGAUGCAAAAUACAGCUUCAGAUGCAAAUCUUCAGUUUGCAGGCAGUGUAUUGACAGAUGUCAUCAUAAUCUUUGCUUGUUCAAGACAAUGUGACAAUGGUUAGCAACAUUGCCAAAUCAAUUACAAAAGCAGCUCAAUGUUCCUCAAACCUUGUCCUUAUAUGUAUUUAUUAGUUAUUUUAACAAGGCAUUUUUAGCCAUGCCUACUGUACAAAUUUUAGCUCUGGCAAAUUUUUUACAAGAACAAAUCAGUGAAAUGAAGGCAAUUUUUCUGAUGGUUUUUUUGGGGGGUCACUUAUCAAACCCCUUUCGCUCUGGGACUUCAGAUGCCUGCCAAAGUAUUGUAAUGCCGAUUUUAACAUACAUACAUGUACAUUGUACUAAUCAUUGUAAUACAAGUGCAUCGUUUUUAUUAUUUUAUUCCAGUUUAGGUUAAAGUUCCGUCUGUUUUCACACAUUGAUGUAUACAUAUAGUAUGCAACUGUGUUUUAUAUUUUAAUGUACAUGUACAACCAUUUGGUUGUGUAAAAAAAUUAUAUGGUUUAUCGAAAGGACAAUAACUGUGGUUUCUGUUUAAAGGGGCACUAGGUCCUGAAAUCCCCAAAAUUUUCAUGUUUUGGAUUGUUUACUCAUCCUAUUUCAAACA